AUGGCGCAUUUUCUACGAGGCAAACAGUCUGGCAUCCAUGGCGAUUUAAGCGCAGGCCUGGCUCCAGAGCAUUUUGUGUUGGAUGAUGUCGCCAGGUACGGCAUAAACUCUCGGAUUAGCACCCUAGCUUAUGAUCCUGUUCAGUCGCUCCUUGCUGUCGGUACCAGCGAAACGCAAUAUGGGAGCGGACAAAUCUAUAUAUUUGGACAGGAGAGGGUGUCUGCAGUAUUCACACUCCCGCGCAAGGCUUCUGUUAAUAUACUUCAAUUUUGCUCGGAUAAAAUUGUCUCGGUGGACUCGAAACAUGAGCUUUGCGUAUUUUCUCUUGAGAAACGGACGAAGCUUGCCGCUUAUACGCCGCCAGGCCAUGUUACCGCUCUAUUGACGGACCCGAGUUUGGAGUAUGCAUUCAUAGGGCUACAAAGCGGCGAACUCGUUACGUACGACCUCGACCGCCUCAUGAUUGCUCCGUUCAAGCUCCCUAAUCUGUGGAAAGAGCGGAGUCCUCGGUCCAGGCUUUUGCCGAUCGUUUCGCUGGCUUUCCAUCCGCGGGACAUCGGAAAGCUUCUAAUUGGAUAUUCAGAAGGCGCUGUGACGUUCUCUAUUAAAAUGGAUGUUCCUCUCAAAUAUUUCCAAUAUGAGGUUCCACCAGGUGCUCCUGGUGGAGACUCAGAUCCGUCAUCAUCUCGAGAGGUACGAAGACCUAGGCUUACAAAAGCUGUUUGGCAUCCUACCGGAACCUUCAUUCUAACAGCUCAUGAUGACUCGAGUCUUGUGUUUUGGGAUCCCAAAGAUGGAAGAAUUGUGAUGGCCAGAACAUUGGUAGAUACCGAUGUUAACAAAGCUGGGGCAGUAGUAUCACCAAAUUCACCAGCAGGAACCUAUUCCUUAAAGGAGCCGAUAUUCCAAGUGGCAUGGUGUUGCAAGGAAAAUCCCGACGAUACUGGCUUGUUGAUUGCUGGCGGUGGGCCAACAACAGAAGUGAACAAACACUUGACAUUUUUCGAUCUCGGGCCAACACCAAACUACCAGACCUCCUCAUGGCAAAUCCUUUCCAACCAUCUUGCGAAACCCAGACGCGAGACCAAAUUACCAACACCUCCAGCUGCCGAGGUUGUAGAUUUUGUCCUCAUUCCGCGCUCAUCCCCAUUUUUCGCCAAUGCACAAGAUCCUAUCGCUGUGAUCACGCUGCUCUCCUCUGGGGAAUUGGUCACUCUUAGUUUCCCCAGUGGCCACCCAAUUUCUCCCACAAAUAUGCUCCAUUUGUCACUAUCCUUUGUUCACCCAUUUGUCAACAAAAUCGCUCUAUCAUAUGUUGACCGCACGAGAUGGCUAGGCUGGAGAGAGAAACGAGCCCAUGGACCAAACAUUGUGAUUGGAGGCGCAGCCGCCAAAAAGCCGAUGAAACGGUAUGAAAAUCGGGAUAUUGUCCAGACAGCUCAUGCUGAUGGCGUAAUUCGCAUGUGGGACUCUGGUCAUGAUGACCAUAUUGAAAAUCCCGCUACAAUCCAAGUUGAUCUCGCCCGUGCCGUUGGUCGUUUCCAUGACAUAGAGGUAUCCGCGAUGUCAUUGGCAGGAGCUGCAGGUGAAUUCUCAGCCGGUCUAAGGAGCGGCGAAGUGGCUAUUUUCAAAUGGGGUCGUAAUCCAAACGAGGGUCGGGAUUUACCCUUGGAAGGAAAUGACGGCCCAGGACGACUGACUGAUAUCUCCCGCAGAGCUGAUCCUGGACUCAAAGAAGGAUUUCUUCCGGUGGCCUUGUUGAACCAAGGCCAAGGGACGGUCACUGCACUUGAACAUAGCGAUGUUGGCUUCAUUUGCGUUGGGUUCCAGUCGGGCAAUCUUGCGAUCAUCGACCUAAGAGGCCCGUCAGUAAUAUUUACAGCAAACUCCUCGGAAUUGACUAAACCACAAAAGCGAUUGAGUCUUAGGAAAAGCCACUAUUCCGCAUCAGAGGCGGCCCCCGAAUGGCCUACGUCCAUUAAGUUUGCAGUUAUGACUUUAGAUGGAGACGUAUUCUCUGUCUCGUUGGAACUAGCAAAGGAAGCUUGGCUACAUUCAAAUUCUUACCAUCAGGAGGAACAUACACUGUCUCUUUUGUUGGCUCUCGCAAUGUGGAUGAUAGGGUAUUGUCAAUCUGCCCUAUCAAUGCCGAAAACGGUGUUCCCGCUCUAG